UGAGAGUUUGCCUUGUCGUUCAUUUAAGGGCAUGAUUUAAUAUUUUACAGUGUUUCUUCAUUCAUACGAAAUAUAAAAAAUUGAACAAAAAAUGGCUGACGGAGAAACUAGAAUAAUGAUUUGCAUGGAUGGAAGCAGAUUCUGUGACUAUGCCUUUGAUUGGUACCUAGAAAACAUCAAGAAACCAAAGGACUAUGUCAUUCUGUUUCACAGCGUAGAAUUCCAUACACUAACUACAAUGCAUAUGGAAGUCGGAAGUGUUGCAGCAUAUGCAAGAAGUAUACAAGAAGAAAGACUUGAGGCUGAGAGAUACCUCCAACAGCUUAAAGGAAAGAUGGUUGCUGCAAACCUUCAUGGAAAGGUUAAGCAGACGACAGGCUCGCCUAGAACUGAAGUUACACGUGUAGCCGAGGAAGAGAAAGUCAACAUGAUUAUAAUGGGUACACGUGGUAUGGGAAAGGUGAGGCGCACCCUUCUUGGUAGCGUUAGUGAUCACGUGCUCCAUCAUUCGCACGUGCCAGUCAUUAUCUGCAGACAUAAAGACGACCAUCACCAGCAUCAUCACGGGCAACACGCUGAAAAGGAUGUUAAAAUGUAGAACUAAAUGAAUGAAUUUAGAGUAAACUCUUAAAGAUAUAGCUUUAAAGUGGCCUUCAGUUUUUAUAUUUUGUUUGAAAAAAACUAAGUAUUUCAGUAACUUUAUCUGGGAAAAGUGCAUCAUAUCACACGGUAUGCCUUUUUCAUCACAGUGUCUCGAGAGCUAUUUUUAACACGUCAGUGACGUUCGUUUCUAAAAAUAGAAGGUAGGGAAAUACUAAUUUGCAUAUGUCACAUAUAGAGAGCGGAGGCAUCGAGUGGUUUAUUUGUUGUUUGUGUAUAUUAUCGACUUUUCACCUUAAUUAUUUUGAUCUGACAAUUAUUAAUGAAACGAUUUAUCUAAAAAUUUGAGAAAAGCUGAAGGCCGCUUUAAAUGUCAAAAUGUAUAAAGUUAACUUGUAUCGGCUAUUGUGAAAACAUAUAAGUAAUAUUUUACAAAUGACACAUUACGUGACAUAAGUAUCAUAGAUUCCAUCAUGUCAAUACUAUCCCCACAUUUUCUUCAAUCUUUCUUGGAAAGAACGAUACGUUAUGUAUGUUGAUUAUAAAUGAAAUGUUAUCAUAGUUUAUUUGUUGAAUUACAUUUGUAUUGUAUGAUGUAUAUGUUAACAUUUUUUGUACCCAAAUAAAGCAUAUAUUUAGAAUAUAACUUGCAAACCAAACAAAA